CGGUCAGCGGAACAUGAUGACACAGCGCAGUGCAAAGCGGCGAGGGAAGCGCCAGACACAGAAAGCCGCCGCCGCUGUAGGCGACGAUGGAGGAGAUGGCAGCUCCAAUGCUCUCGAGUACAUUCUCCUCUUCUGCGUGCAGCUUGGAGUGUUCGCGUCGACGCUGUAUCCCAGUAUUCCUGGAGGAGACUCCGGCGAGCUUGUGUCGGUGGCGUGCGAGCUCGGCGUGGCACAUCCCCCCGGCUAUCCCUUGUAUACGCUGCUGUGCCACAUGUUUAUGCGCAUUGUGCCGUUUGGCACACCUGCUUGGAGAGCCAAUCUCCUUUCCGCAACGUUUGCCAGCAUCGCCGGCACCUGCAUCGCCUGGGUCACAAAUAAGUUGAGCCCACCGUCGAUGCGAGGAGGCGGCAUUGUGGCUGCGGCGUUGUUCAGCUUCACGCGUCUCACAUGGAUGUACUCAAUCACAGCCGAAGUGUUUGCGAUGAACAACUUCUUUGUUGCGCUGCUGCUGGUGUUUCUCAUUCGAUACAUCCAGUCUCCAUCAGUCAGCACGGCGGUUGCCGGCGCAUUCGUGUGCGCGCUCAGCACCACCAACCAGCACACAGUCGUGCUGUAUCUGGUGGUUAUGGUGCCGUGGGUGCUGUGGCAUGGCCGCAAUUUCCUCCUCACGCCGUCAGCCAUUGCCAAACUUGUCGUCGUGUCCAUCUUGGGCAUCACGCCUUACUUCUACGUUCCCAUCUCCGCUUUCCUCAACAAAGCAGAGGCCACGUGGGGCGAUCAGCGCACGCUCGCCGGCUUUGCCAAGCAUUUCCUGCGCCAAGAAUAUGGCACCUUUGAUCUUGGAAGCCGAAGCACAACAUCGACAACAUUGACAGAGCGCAUCAUGCUGCACAUGAAGGACCUGAGCAGCGAGACGCAUCACAUCAUCUUUCCGCUCAUCGCCAUCUGUGUAAUCGCGUUUGCUGUUGAUCGCCGCCGUGUUGUGCGCGAAUCCCGCGUGCCGCUCGUGGGCAUGCUCACAUUCUACGAGCUGUUCUUCAACUGGCGCGCGAAUCUCAGCAUUGAGAACCGCCUCCUCGCUGGUGUCCACGAGCGCUUCUGGAUGCAGCCAAACAUGAUUCUGUGUGUGUUUGCCGGCAUUGGCUUCUCGUAUCUGAUGCAUCGCCUCUCUCGCUUCUUUGCUCUCUCAAGCGCCCAGGCGCUGGGGGUGGUGGCGGCAGUUGCCGUUGCGUCUGUGCAGAUUGCGGCCAACUACGAUGCGCGUGACGAGAGCACCAACACCGCCGUCGCCGAUAUGGGCCGUGCACUCCUCACGGGUCUGCCCGAGGAGGCGCUGCUGCUGACGCGUGGAGAUCUUCCCGGAAAUGCGGCCCGCUAUCUCCACUACUGCGAACACGUCAGGCGCGAUUUGCGCAUUCUCGACCUCGAAAUGAUGACAUACCCAUGGUAUGUGCCGAUGCUGGGCGACAAGUUUGAAGGUGUCGUGUUCCCAGGAGAGAAGAAGGUGUAUCAGCUUGGACCCGAGUAUUACAAUAUGCUGUCGUUCCUGGACAGCAACUACGAUCGCUUUCCCAUCUUUGUGUUUGAAGGCAUGAACGAAGAAGACACCACGUGGCAGCACAAGUACGAGCUGCGGCACUUUGGAAUGUCCAGCAGAAUUGUGCGCAAGGGCGAUCGGUUCUCUGCACACGAGUGGAUUCGCAACGCAACUCGCGCCAUCCCAAACUAUGCGAUCCCGGACCCUGUCAAGUACGACGAGCGGACGUGGGAGGCUGUGGUGCGUGACGGGUAUCUUGCAUCAGCAGUGCUGCUCGCCAUCUCCUUUGAGAGAAACGCGCGUGACGCAACGUCGCAAGAGGAGGGGCUCGCAUAUGCACGCGCAGCAUACCAGGUGUAUGAUGAGCUGUUGGGGCGGGAGACAAGCAAGCUCGAUGCAGCGCCGCCAUUUUGGCACAAGAAUUUUGGCCUCGUUGCAGGCAACCUCUACAGCGCAACCGGCGAGGAGAGGUACAAGGCGAAGAAGUGGGAGCAGUGGCUCAAGUACAUCAACUCGGGAGCAGACGACCCGCAGAUCCCAGAUAUGAUCGCCAUCCUGAAAGGGGAGGGCGCCAUCAAGCACUGACCACCCGCCACAACACCCUCCCUGCCUCCCAUCCCCAGGCCUCUCAUCACGCUGUCUACUUUCCUGCAUGCAUGCGUGCCUGCCUGCCUGCCUGACUGGUUGGUUCCGUUACAUGGUUGCUGUGUCGUCAGUUCAUGUGUCACAUCUCAUGUCACAUCACGAGAACCGGUUGUCGUGUGUGUUGCCCAACAACAAACCAACAAAAGCAAACGCAAAGCA